CUAUGGUUACGAAUUUGUUGAUUAAAUAUCGAUCGAUUGUUUUGAGUUGUAUGCAAAUAUCUCUUAUUUAAUUACGCAAAAUGAAAGUAUAACGAAUGUUAUCUAGUUAAUUUAUGAGUCAAAUUUAGUCAUGGGAGAUAAAGAAGAUGUCGAUACUCGUCUGGAGUUUAUGAGUGAAUACCUACUGAAGACAUUAAAGCAAAAGGCAGACAAGUGGGCUAAGUUCAUCACUGGAGAUGAAAGACAUAUUCUAUUUAGAUAUUUUGAUAUGCCAAAAUAUGACAUAAUAGUCUUUCGAAUGAACACGGCUGGCAUGCUAACAUGUUCGACAAGUUUUCCACCUAUAAGCAGGGGAAAGAUGGUUUAUUUCCUAAGAAAUGUUGACGAUAAAAUAACACAAGCCAAUUUUCGUAAGGCAGUAACUAUAGGUGAAAUGUCAGGUAACGUUCUGAUGGAUCUGAGCGUGUUGGCCGAUGAAGUAAUAGGGCCUAUGCUUUGUAAUCCAGAGAAUCAAAAGGGAUGGCCUAAAAUUGUGCAAAACGAUAUGAAGAGACAUGUUAAUGAUUUAAGGAAUUUAAUGCAUCAGCUGAAAGGCGAAAUGUCGAGUCAGGUCAUGCUACCCAUGCCGGCUGGCGUCGAGAAUAUUUAUCACGCGGAAGCUAGACUAAAAGAAAGUGACGGUGAAGAUGUCGAUUUAUACCUAAAGACCAACAUCGAAGGCGCUGUCAUAAAAUGGGCACAACAAGUUCAUGAUUUGCUCAAGGAAGACUCUUAUAUGGCCUUUAAGAGAACAAGAUUCCCAUUACCAACCGCCGAUAUAGAGUUCUAUAGUACCAGACUCCGCAACCUUGAGGGCAUAUAUUCUCAACUAAGGGAUCCUCGCGUCAAGAGAAUGGCCAAUUAUCUGGAGGAGACCCAAAGCGUUUAUCUCAAUUGCUUCAAGUCUAUGCUAACUAAUGUGGUAGCCGCCAUCGUCGAGUGCCGUGACAUUUACGUGUACCAAAAACCAUUGAUAAUGCACUUUGAGACAUUUGAAGGAACAGAUUUUGCUGACGCGAAGAGUCUCAUCCGACCCAUGUUUCACUGCAUCUGUCUCUUGUGGGGCAAUUCAAGAUAUUACUGUAAUAUCGAAAAGCUAAUUCCUUUACUUCGUGAAGUGUGUAACUUAGUUAUCCAGCAGUGUACAAACUCCAUAGACCCUACGGCCAUAUUUCAGGGAGACGCUGAAGAACAGCUUCUUAAAAUAAGAAAAGCAAUGAGCAUUUUAAAUCAUUUCAUUGAGACUUAUGAGGUAAAUCGUGACAAAGUGCAUACGUUCUUUCCCGGCGGCGUGAUGCCGGUCCGUUGGUCUUUCGAUUUUGACCGCGUGUUCAUGCGGUUCAACGUGUACAUGAAGCGUUUGAAAAUGAUCGAGAACAUUCUAGAGUCGACCGUUGAAAUACUGAAGUUGGAGAAAGUUGAAUUUUGCGGUCUCAGAGGCAAGAUCCUGAGUACUGAAUGCAUGAAGGUUCUAGAAGAGUACACAAUAAUUUAUCAAAAUCUGGGUAAUAUGACGUACGAUCCAGCCGAUCCUGAAGAUGAGAAGUUUCUUGCUGAUUACGAAAAGCACAUGGCCGUGCUAGAAGAUGUUGAUAGACGUCUUGCGUCUUUGUUCUCCCAAGGCUUAGACGAAUGUCAUAAUUUAGAACAUUUCUUCAAGUUCUUUCAAAUCAUCGGAGAUUUGUUUCAUCGUCCCAUAAUAAAAAAAGAACUGAAACCGAAACUAACGAAGUUACUGGACUUUAUGCACAGUAAUUUGGAUGCCGUCAAAGAAAUAUUUGACGAAGAAAUGGCUAAAAUGACGAAAGGUCCGGAAAGACCGAUGGUAGACGCGUAUCUACCGCCAAUCGGUGGUAUGCUUUGGUGGAUUCACAAAUUGCGAAGGAGAAUCCAAGCGCCCAUGGAAGAUUUUAUUUUGUUUGAAGAUCCAAUAAUCGAAACAGAAUCCGCCUUGUACAUGAAACAAAAGCACAAUGAGAUGCUAGGAUACUUGAACGUUUUAGAGGAUAGACAGUUCAAGCAAUGGUGCGCCACUGUGCCGCCUAUUUGCAAAACACAUUUAGCAAAGAACCUUAUAUACAGAGAUCCACCAUUCGUAAGGAAUAACUUUAGUCCAGAGUUGGUAAUGCUUUUGAGAGAAAUAAAAUACAUGAAGUAUUUGGACAAACAAGGGAUUCCGCCUGAUGGCCUGGAAUUGUAUGGUCGUAAUGAGAAGUUACAGUACGAUAUGAAUCGCUUAAACCGUGCGAUAGCCUGGUAUAACGCUAUUAGAGAGGGAAGCCAUGAAACAGAGGUGGCGCUUAUUGAGAAGGAGAUUUCGGCUAUUGAUGAACUGCUGGGUCGCGGCGUUGAAGAACUCACCUGGAACGAUGACUUCGCCGAUUGGAUAGCCGAAGUGUACGCGGCCAUCAAUACAUUGCAAGAGCGUGUACUAACAGCUCAAAACAAUGUCAAGCGUGGACUGGCAAACAUCGCCGAAUGGGGCGACAAGCCGCUACAUAAUCGUAAAGUAAAUCCCGACAAAUUAGAACUUUUGGCUGUAAACGAACGUCAUCAUAGAUUCAGCAAGAGACGUAGCCAGAUUAUAGCAAGUCAUGACGAGUUUCAGACUAUCUUGAAAGAUAAUUAUAAGCUAUUUUUCAAUAUUCAAGAAGAGGAGGAGUCUGAAGAUGAAGAAGAAGAAUUGGAAGAAGUUGAUGAAAGUACAAUAGAUGAAGAUGAGAAAGCAGCUCGAGCUGCCAAAUUAGCUGAGAUCAUGCAGCGGCGAGAGGAAAAAAGACUCGUCCGGGAAGAACGGGAGAUGGAAAAAGCGGAGGCAGCUAGAAUUAAGUUUGAAAGAAGAGAAGCGCGCAGGCUAAAAGCUGAGGAAAAAGCAGCUGAAAAAGCAGACAGACAAUCAAGAAGAGAUGCAGGUGAAGAGGUAGAAUCUCCUGCAGAGGAAGAGGAAGAAAUUGUAGACCCUGAAGAAUUGGCAGAUAUCGAAGCGGAACGCAUAGAAAUGGAGGAAGAGGCUUUCAGAGCAGAACGAUGGCCUGCCUAUGUAGAGUAUGUUGAUUCAUUGGUUUCUAAACAAAUAAUGAAAGCCAUACAAUCGAGUCUUGAUUUAUUCGAAAAACAAACAGAUUUGGAGAAAGGUCCCCGAGUUGCGUUUUUGGAAAUCAUUGCUGAACUCAGAGAUCCAGAUAUAUUUUUCUCACCAUCGCUUGAUAUAGACGACGAGGAUGGUUUAUAUGAUACACUCAGAGAAAUGAUGAAGGACAUGUUCCUGCAGGCCACACUCUUUGAGAGAAUCGAUCCAAUCGUUCCAUUGGCGACUUAUGAAGAUGAUAUAGCCAGAGAGGAGGCCAUGAUAGAUCUCUAUCAUGAAAUAUUAAAAAGAGUUGAAAACAGUAUUAAUGAUAUCGUUCAGUAUGCAACGAGGUAUGAAAAGUACACUCCUCUGUGGAUGGAGGACAGGCAAGAAACGCUGGCUGCUUUCAUGAAAUACGGCCGCGUCAUACCGCCGGAGGAAUUUGAUAAGUACAGAUUUGAGAAUUGCUGCGAUCCCCCCGAGAGUAAACCAAGUUUAGAGCAAUACCAGAAAGAGAUUGACAAAUAUAACCUCAUGUACGAUGAAGUCGCGGCCCUUCCAGGCGACUAUCUCUGCAACGGUUGGCUAAAACUUAACUUGAAACGAUUGAACCAAGCCAUUAUGAAUAUUAUAUGCAAAUGGAGUAAUCUCUACAAACAGAAUCUCAAAGACCACGUGCAGACUAGUUUGGAUGAUCUCGAGAAAUUUAUUAACUAUGCAUCAAAAGAAUUAUCAGUGGAACUGGGAGAUGAUGACUAUGAAGGUCUUCUGAAGGUGAUGCGCGUUCUUAAUGAAGUCCGAGCGAAGGUAGAUGCGGGCACGGAGCAGAUGUUUGACCCUUUAAGGGAUAUUAUUGAUGUAUUAAAGGAAUACGGCGUUGAUUUCCCUGAAGAGACAUAUGAACAGUUGGACGUCUUACCGGAGAGAUGGCGUAACUUAGUUAAACUGGCAACAGUAAUGAAGAACAACGUAGCACCCUUGCAAGCCGCACAAGCUGCUCUCAUCGCCAAGCGAGUAGCCCUUAUCAAUCUACGGCUAACUAUGUACAGGGAGCAGUUUAAAUUGAAAGAGAUGUUCUUAGAGGCUUGUAAGGAACCGUACAGGCAAAUCGAUAAGGUUCACCAAGAAUUGCUGAAUUUCGAAGAAAUUGUUGACGGUCUGAAGAGAUCUUGUACGCUAUUUGACAUACAACCUCCCGAUGAGAAGAACUUGAAACAAUGUAGGCGAGAAAUUAAGCUUAUUAAGCAACUUUGGGACUAUUAUUCUCUAGUGAUGGGAACAAUAGAGUUUUGGAAGAAAUCUCCAUGGAAGAAGAUAGAUGCAGAUGGUAUGGAUCAGGAAUGCAAGCGUUUCACAAAAGAUUUGCGACAGUUGGACAAGGAAAUGAGGGUUUGGGAACCAUACCUGGUAAUUGAGGGGAUAAUAAAGAAUUUGCUGACAUCACUACGAGCCGUCACCGAUUUACAGAACCCAGCUAUAAAAGACAGACAUUGGAUCGAACUGAUGAUGGCGACAAAGGUUAAGUUCCACAUCGAUGAUGAUACCACGUUAGCUGAUCUGUUAGCUCUUAGUCUACAUAAAUAUGAAGAGGAGGUAAAAACUAUUGUCGAUAAGUCUGUUAAGGAGGCAGCCAUGGAAAAAACGCUUAGAGAAUUGGAGGCAACAUGGGCUAUCAUGGAAUUCGAUUAUACCACGCAUGACAGAACUGGUACAAAAUUACCGAAAGCUAGCGAAGAAUUGGUGGAGACAUUAGAAGACAACCAGAACCAAGUGCAAAAUAUGAUGUCCUCAAAGUUCAUUGGUUUUUACGAAACGGAGGUAACAGUUUGGCAAAAGAAAUUAGGAACCGCUGAUGCUGUGAUCGCCUUAUGGUUCGAGGUACAAAGGAAAUGGCAGUAUUUGGAAAGCAUCUUUGUCGGUUCUGAUGAUAUUCGAUCACAGUUACCGGAAGAUUCCAAGAGAUUUGAUGGAAUUGAUAAGACAUUUAAGGAAUUACUAAAAGAUAUUGGAGUCACUCCAAACGUUGUGCAAGCUACGAAUAAGCCCGGACUUCUGGACAAACUUGAAGACCUAAUGAAGGCUCUCAAUCUUUGCGAAAAGGCACUUAACGAUUACUUGGAAACAAAACGAUUGGCUUAUCCAAGAUUUUAUUUUGUGUCUUCUGCAGAUUUGUUGGAUAUCUUAUCAAACGGCAACAAUCCACCUGCAGUAUGCCGCCAUCUUACCAAGUUGUAUGAUAAUUUAGCAAAACUGGUGUUUCCGAAACCGGGUAGUAAGCAAGCGUAUGAGAUGAUAUCCAAAGAGAACGAAGAACAUGUGCCAUUUAAAGCACCAUGCUGUGAUUGUUCUGGAAAGGUGGAGCUUUGGUUAAACCGAGUGACAGAUUGCAUGCGUUAUACUUUGCGCGAUAUUUUCGAGCAUUGUGUGAAAUCGUAUGAGGAUAAAUCACGAGACGAGUGGGUGUUCGACUGGCCGGCCCAGCCAGCGCUGGUUGGCACACAGAUCUGGUGGACCACGGAGACAAACCAGGCGUUUGCAAAAUUGGAAGAAGGUUAUGAAAACGCACUUAAAGAUUAUCAAAAAAAACAGAUCGCCCAACUGAACGCAUUAAUUGUUCUACUUCUUAGCGAUCUGACUGUGGGAGAUCGUCAGAAAAUCAUGACUAUUUGUACCAUAGACGUGCAUUCACGAGACGUUGUAGCUAAACUCAUAGUUGCCAAGGUGGAAACUUCAAAUGCGUUCCAAUGGCAAAGUCAGUUAAGGCAUCGCUGGGACAGCAACUUAAAUAAUUGUUUCGCUAAUAUUUGCGAUGCUCAAUUUCUAUACGACUACGAAUAUUUAGGGAACACACCUAGAUUAGUCAUCACACCUCUAACUGAUAGAUGCUACAUUACUUUGACACAGAGUCUUCAUUUGAUAAUGGGCGGUGCACCAGCAGGUCCAGCUGGUACUGGUAAAACUGAAACCACCAAAGAUUUGGGCAGAGCUCUAGGAAUUAUGGUAUACGUGUUCAAUUGUUCAGAGCAAAUGGAUUAUAAAUCUUGUGGAAAUAUUUACAAAGGCUUGGCCCAAACUGGUGCUUGGGGAUGUUUCGAUGAGUUCAAUAGAAUAUCGGUGGAAGUUUUGUCAGUAGUGUCAGUCCAAGUGAAGAGUGUACUAGAUGCAAUUAAAGCCAAGAAGAAAAAGUUUGACUUUAUGGGAGAGUACAUAACGCUCAUAUCCACUGUGGGAAUGUUUAUUACUAUGAAUCCAGGGUAUGCGGGAAGAACGGAACUGCCAGAGAAUUUGAAGGCUCUGUUUAGACCCUGUGCCAUGGUGGUACCGGAUUUUGAACUGAUUUGUGAGAUCAUGUUGGUUGCCGAAGGAUUUCAAGAAGCUCGUUUACUGGCGCGCAAGUUUAUUACCUUGUAUAUGCUGUGCCGAGAGUUGUUAUCUAAACAAGAUCACUAUGAUUGGGGUUUGAGAGCCAUCAAAUCUGUACUGGUGGUUGCUGGAUCUUUAAAGCGUAGUGAUCGUCAGCGUCCAGAAGAUCAAGUGUUGAUGAGAGCUUUAAGAGACUUCAACAUCCCGAAGAUUGUAACAGAUGACACACCUGUGUUUAUGGGACUCAUUGGAGAUCUUUUCCCGGCAUUAGAUGUACCGAGAAAAAGAGACAUGGACUUUGAGAAAAGUUUGAUUGAGGGAGCACUUUCGAUGAAGCUGCAGCCUGAACCUGGCUUUAUUCUAAAAAUGGUACAGUUAGUGGAAUUAUUUGCCGUUCGUCACUCAGUAUUCAUCAUAGGAUUUGCUGGAACUGGCAAAUCAAUGGUGUGGCAAUGUUUGUACAAGACAUAUUACUUGUUAAAACAGAAACCAUUUUACAAUGAUUUGGAUCCGAAAGCUGUAACUAAUGAUGAGUUGUUCGGUGUUAUUAAUCAAGCUACGCGAGAAUGGAAGGAUGGCUUAUUUUCGACGAUCAUGAGGGAUAUGGCAAACAUGCCUGGGGAUGGACCAAAAUGGAUCGUGUUGGACGGUGAUAUUGACCCAAUGUGGAUUGAAUCCUUGAACACUUUAAUGGACGACAAUAAAGUGUUAACUUUGGCCAGCAAUGAACGAAUCGCAUUAACGAAAUCAAUGAGGCUGUUGUUUGAAAUAUCUAAUUUGCGUACCGCGACACCGGCGACGGUAUCGCGAGCCGGUAUUUUGUACAUCAACCCUCAGGAUCUAGGUUGGAAUCCUUUCGUAGCCUCAUGGAUAGAUACGACUCGUGACGAUGAAUCAGAGAAAGCAAUGUUGACUAUAAUGUUUGAUAAGUACAUACCGUCUUUACUGGAAUCGUGCAAGAAGUACAAGCGUAUCACUCCAUUAACGGAUUUGCAGCAGAUUCAGCUGACAUGCUAUUUGUUGGAGUGCUUUCUGAACAAAUCAUUGUUACCCAGCGACUGUCCCAAGGAAUGGUAUGAGACAUACUUUGCGUUUUCCGUUGUAUGGGGCUUUGGGUCUGGUCUGUUCCAAGAUCAACUCGUAGAUUGGCGCAAUGAGUUCAGCAAAUGGUUUUGUAACGAAUUUAAGCAAAUUAAAUUCCCUUCAACCGGCAAUGUGUUCAGUUUCUUUAUCGAUCCGGAGACAAAGAAAUUUCUCCCGUGGUCGGAGAAAGUGGAGUCAUUUGAGCUCGAUCCCGAUUUACCGUUGCAGUCAUGCUUAGUAUCAACUUCGGAGACCACCCGUAUAAGGUUCUUUAUGGAUCUGCUACUGGCCAAACAAAAGCCGGUGAUGCUAGUAGGUAGCGCCGGUAGUGGCAAAACUGUUAGUGUUGCUGCUAAACUUAAUUCAUUACCGGAAUCGUACGCGAUCACAAAUGUACCUUUCAACUUUUAUACGACAUCUGAAAUGAUGCAGAAAGUUCUAGAAAAGCCAUUAGAAAAGAAGUCUGGACGAAAUUUUGGCCCGCCGGGAAGCAAGUUCAUGAUUUAUUUCGUUGAUGAUCUUAACAUGCCUGAAGUUGAUACAUAUGGUACUGUUCAACCGCACACACUUAUCCGAGAGUUUAUGGAUUACAAACAUUGGUACGACCGCCAAAAGUUAUCAUUAAAAGAAAUAUCUAACUGUAUGUUCGUUGCGUGCAUGAAUCCAACAGCCGGCUCCUUUACCAUUGAUCCUCGUUUACAGAGACACUUCUGCACAUUUGCCGUCAGUUUUCCCGGUAUCGAUGCGUGCUUCCAUAUUUACAAACAAAUCCUAUCUCAGCAUGUAAACAACCCGUUGAAUAAGUUUGGUCCUUUAGUGCAGCGUUAUGCUGAGCCUCUCGUGAACGCAGCGCUUACACUCCACAACAAAUUGGCUUCGGCAUUUUUGCCAACAGCAAUUAAAUUUCAUUACAUAUUUAAUUUGAGAGACCUAUCAAAUAUAUUCCAGGGCAUGCUUUUUACAACCGGAGACGCGAUAAAAACGCAAUCAGAUUUGAUCAGACUAUGGAUGCAUGAAGCAACGCGUGUUUAUUCCGAUAAAAUGGUCGAGGAAGCUGACAAUGAAGCUUUCCAGAAGCUCAUCAGUGAAGUUAUCAAGAAAAAUUGCGAGGAUUACGAUGAAAAUGUAGUAUUCGAGAAACCUUUAAUCUACUGUCAUUUUGCUGAGGGGGUGGGUGACCCAAAAUAUUUUCCUAUCAGAGACUGGCCUCAAGUAAAAAAGCUGUUGGACGAAUCUUUGUCUUCUUAUAAUGACCUCGUGGCCACUAUGAACCUCGUUCUAUUUGAAGAUGCAAUGUAUCAUAUUUGCAGAAUAAAUCGAAUAUUAGAGGCACCCCGAGGUAAUGCCCUGUUGGUCGGCGUCGGAGGAUCAGGAAAACAGUCGUUAUCCAGACUGUCUGCAUUUAUAUCCUCAUUAGAAGUUUUCCAGAUACAAUUGCGAAAAGGAUACAGUAUUAACGAUUUAAAAGUAGAUUUAGCGACCCUCUAUAUUAAAUCCGGUUUGAAGAAUUUAGGAAAUGUGUUUUUAAUGACGGACGCUCAGGUAGCCGAUGAAAGAUUCCUCGUACUGAUCAACGACUUGUUGGCUUCUGGUGAAAUACCAGAGUUGCUUGCUGAUGAUGAAAUUGAAAAUAUUAUAAACGGAGUCAGAGGAGAGACAAAAGCUUCGGGUGUCCCGGAUACUCGAGAGAAUUGCUGGAGAUUUUUCAUCAAUCGAGUAAGAACGAUGCUAAAAGUCGUACUAUGCUUUUCACCAGUAGGUGCAACAUUACGUAUCCGAGCUCGAAAGUUCCCAUCCAUUGUCAAUUGCACAGCUAUUAACUGGUUCCAUGAGUGGCCACGUGAGGCUUUACGGUCUGUGUCGAAACGGUUUAUAUCUGAAGUGGAAUCGUUACCGCCAGAUUUAGUAGAUCCUGUAUCUAAUUUUAUGUCGCACGUUCAUCAAAGCGUGAAUCAAAUGUCAGCCGUUUAUUUCCAAAACGAGCGACGUUACAACUACACCACACCUAAAACGUUCCUCGAACAAAUAUCACUUUACACGAAGUUGUUAAAUGAAAAGACAACAAACUUGAAGAUGAUGAUCGCUAGAUUGGAAAACGGCUUGGAGAAGUUGGCUUCCUGUGCUGCGGAUGUAGCCGUUUUGAAGGUCACAUUAGCUGAACAAGAAAUAAUUUUAAAAGAAAAGAACAGGGCCGCUGAAGCACUUAUCGAAGUUGUUGGAGCUGAAAGUGAAAAAGUGUCCAAAGAAAAGGCAUUUGCUGCUGAAGAAGAGAAGAAAGUGAAAGUGAUAGAAGAAGACGUUACAAUAAAAGCUAAAAUCUGCGCUGACGAUUUAGCAAAAGCUGAGCCUGCUUUACUCGCAGCACAAGAAGCCUUAAACACCUUAAACAAAAAUAACUUAACCGAGCUAAAGUCUUUCGGCUCACCUCCAGACGCCGUAGUUAACGUAACGGCAGCUGUCCUCGUACUCUUUUCUAAGAAAGGGAAGAUCCCCAAAGACAGGUCAUGGAAAUCUUGUAAGAGUAUAAUGGCAAAAGUCGAUCAGUUUUUGAAUGAUCUGGUUUUCUAUGACAAGGAGAAUAUACAUCCUGACGUUAUAAAGGCGGUUAUGCCUUACAUCAAGAACCCGGAGUUUAACGCUGAAUUCAUAAUGUCAAAGUCGGCUGCAGCAGCUGGUCUGUGUGCUUGGGUGAUUAAUAUAGUGAAAUUCUACGACGUGUACGUUGUCGUCGAACCCAAGCGUCGAGCUUUGAACCAGGCUAAUGCCGAACUUCAAGCGGCAAGAGAUAAACUUGCCUUCUUGACUGAUCAGAUCAAGGAAUUGGAAGAGAAAUUAGAGGUAUUAUUAAAAGCCUUCCAAGAAGCGGUCAACGAAAAGAUGAAGUGUCAAGCCGAAGCUGACGCCACUAAUGCGACAAUCGAUUUGGCAAACAGACUUGUGAAUGGUCUCGCUUCGGAAAAAAUAAGAUGGUCGGCAACGGUGGUGAACCUGAAGGAAUCUGGUGUUAUGUUACCUGGAGAUGUUUUGUUGAUAACGGCUUUCAUAUCUUACGUGGGGUGUUUCAUGCGAGGCUACCGACAACAGCUAAUGUACGAGGAUUGGAUACCAACUCUGCAGAAAACAAACCCCAAAAUCGAAACCACCGAAGGACUGGAUCCACUGUCAAUGUUGACCGAUGACGCUCAAGUGGCUUGCUGGAAUAACGAGGGUUUGCCUACUGACUCCAUGAGCACCGAAAAUGCUACUAUUUUGACAAAUUCGGCACGUUGGCCAUUAAUGAUUGAUCCGCAGCUUCAAGGUAUAAAGUGGAUUAAAUCAAGAUAUGGCGACUCUUUAGUAGUGAUAAGACUGACGCAACGAAAUUAUUUGGAUCGUAUCGAACGUGCUGUGACUAACGGAAACGUGGUUCUGCUGGAGAACAUUGGAGAAACUGUGGAUGCUGUGCUUGAGCCUCUGCUAGGACGUGUGCUCAUACGCAAAGGGAAAGUUUUAAAGAUUGGUGAUAGAGAAAUAGAUUACCAUCCAAACUUCCGUCUGGUAAUACAGACGAAAUUGGCCAAUCCACAUUACCAACCAGAGAUGCAAGCACAAUGUACACUCAUAAAUUUCACAGUCACAAGAGACGGGUUAGAAGAACAACUGCUGGGUGAAGUAGUGAAAGCUGAAAGACCUGAUCUCGAGAGUCUUCGUGCCGGUCUCACUAAGCAACAAAACGAUUUUAAGAUUACGCUUAAAACUCUAGAAGACGAUCUUUUGAAGCGUUUGUCUUCCGCCGGCCCUGAUAUCCUUAGCGAUUCAGCGCUGGUUAUUAAUUUGGAGAUCACGAAGAAAACUGCCGCCGAUAUAGAAAUAAAAGUCGAAGAAGGAAAAAUUACGGCAGUCAAAAUAGAUGAGGCUCGAGAACGUUACAGACGAGCUGCAAACCGCGCUUCCCUCCUCUACUUCAUAUUGAACGAGAUCUACAAGAUCAACCCUAUGUAUCAGUUCUCCCUAAAGGCGUAUAGCGUUGUGUUCAGAGAUGCCUUGGCCCGGGCCGAGCCGGCUGACGAUCUUGAAGGCCGAGUACGAAACUUGUUGGACAGUAUAACGUUCUCGGUGUUCGUCUAUACCAGCAGAGGGCUUUUUGAACGCGACAAGCUGGUGUUCUUGUUUUUAAUCACGCUACAGGUUUUACAAGGAGAAGGUAAAAUAGAUCCAAGAGAAUUAGACUUUUUACUAAAAUACGCGGUCGCUCCCGAAGUGUCUCCAUAUUCGUGGCUCUCGAAUAAUUCCUGGGGCGGGAUCGUUGCCUUAUCAAAAAUGGACGCCUUCGAAAAUCUCGAUAAAGACAUUGAAGGUGCUACUAAAAGAUGGCAAAAGUACACUGACGGAGAGGCACCAGAAAGAGAUAAACUUCCUGGUGAAUGGAAGAACAAAACCUCUUUACAGCGUUUGUGUAUCAUGAGAGCGUUGCGACCUGACCGCAUGUCAUACGCCUCAAGUGCGUUUUGUGAAGAGAAUUUGGGCACGAAGUAUGUGGAAGCUCGGACGCCUCCGAUUGAAAAGUCAUACCAAGAAAGUAAUUCCACUACGGCUAUGUUCUUUAUAUUGUCGGCCGGAGUGGAUCCGCUCAAGGAUCUCGAAAAAUUAGGCCGUAAAUUAGGGUUUUCGACAGACAAGAAGAACUUCCACAUCGUUUCACUUGGUCAAGGUCAGGAGAUAGUGGCCGAGGAAGCUAUGGGUGUGGCUUCGGCUAACGGACAUUGGGUCAUCCUGCAGAACAUACACUUGGUAGCGAAAUGGCUAGCUACUUUAGAAAAGAAGAUGGAAGAAACAUUUGAAAAUCCUUUACCAGAAUACAGACUCUAUUUGAGCGCAGAGCCUGCAGCUGAUCCGGCUUACCAUAUUAUACCUCAAGGUAUCUUAGAGUCUGCAAUCAAAAUUACUAAUGAGCCUCCAAUCGGUAUGUGGGCUAAUUUGCACAAGUCUCUAGAUAAUUUCAAUCAGGAAACUCUUGAGAUGUGCAGCAAAGAGGCCGAGUUCAAGUCAGUUUUGUUUGCGCUUUGCUAUUUCCACGCUGUCGUUGCUGAAAGACGGAAAUUUGGGCCGCAAGGUUGGAACAGGGUAUAUCCAUUCAAUUUUGGCGAUUUAACAAUCUGCGUUUACGUGCUCUAUAACUAUUUGGAGGCUAAUCCUCGGGUUCCUUGGGAAGACUUGAGGUAUCUAUUCGGAGAGAUCAUGUACGGCGGUCACAUUACAGAUGAUUGGGACAGGAGACUCUGCAGAACAUUCCUCGUUGAGUACAUGCAACCGGAAUUGGUUGAUGGUGAACUGCAAUUAGCGCCCGGAUUUAUAUCUCCCCCUAAUUCUGAUUAUAUUGGCUAUCAUCAAUACAUAGACGAUUUCCUACCUGAAGAGACUCCAUAUCUAUACGGUCUUCAUCCUAAUGCAGAAAUUGGAUAUUUAACAACUGUAUCAGAACGUCUCUUCAAGGUCGUGUUCGAAAUGCAGCCAAGGGACAGCGGUGCUCAGGCCGGCGGAGGCGCUACUAAAGAAGAAUUGGUACGCUACAUGCUAGACGACAUCUUAGACCGGGUCCCCGAGCCCUUCAAUCUACAAGAGCUGAUGGGAAAGGUGGAAGAGCUGACUCCUUAUACGAUUGUCGCUCUGCAGGAGUGUGAACGUAUGAACCGAUUGAUGGGUGAAAUCAGACGAUCGCUGAAAGAGUUGGAGCUUGGUUUGAAGGGUGAACUCACAAUCAGCAAUGACAUGGAAAAGCUAAUGGAGUCACUGUUCAUGGACAAUGUCCCGGACUCGUGGACCAAGCUUGCGUAUCCCAGUCUACUGGGCUUGGCGGCGUGGUUCUCGGAUCUGUGCCUGCGUUUGACUGAAUUGGAGAAUUGGUCCGGUGACUUUAAUCUGCCACCUGCAGUGUGGUUAGCAGGGUUCUUCAACCCGCAGUCGUUCCUGACCGCUAUCAUGCAACAGACAGCCCGAAAAAAUGAGUGGCCUCUAGACAAGAUGUGUCUCAACUGCGACGUCACUAAGAAGAGCCGACAAGACUUCAAUGCGCCACCCCGCGAAGGUGCAAACGUGCACGGUCUGUACAUGGAGGGCGCUCGCUGGGACACGGCCACCGGCGGCAUCGUCGAGUCCCGCAUGAUGGAGCUCUUCCCCAUGAUGCCAGUCAUUUACGUCAAGGCCGUCACACAGGACAAACAAGACACCAGGAACGUUUACGAAUGUCCCGUUUAUAAGAUACGCAUGCGAGGACCUACUUUCGUGUGGACAUUCAACUUGAAGACAAAAGAUAAGCCCACGCGCUGGACACUGGCGGGCGUCGCCUUACUGCUCGGAGUGUAAACUAUAGUCUUCUUAGAAAAUAUUAUCUUUGUAAUGUUUAAACUUAUUUAAAAUAAACUGUAAUGCAAUACUUCCA